AUUUUACAUUUUUUUUUCCCUUAUAGCUACUCUAAUAAGCAAGCCAAAAAUGUCAUUUUAAAGUCAAACUUAACUAAACUUGGCUAAACUCAAGUUUAUUCCUACAAUACAAACACUCUAGGGUUUUCAACAGUGAAUCCCUUUCCUUCUUAACUUUUUGGGGGGAUAUGUGAGAUCUCUGGUGGUUUACGAUUGGAAUAGAAGGAAUAAAAUCUUCUUGUAGUAUGGCUACAGAGAGUCCGAUUAGAAUCUCGGAAACAAGUUCAAAAUGGCCUGCCCCUAAGAAUGCUGCUACAUUUGCACCAUCAUCGGCCAAUAUGGCAGUAGAAGAAUUAGGAUUGCUUCGAAAGGGUCAUAAUUUUCGUGGCGGUGGGAGAAAUGCUGUGCCUGAUAGAAGUGGAAGUGCGCCUCCAAACAUGGAGGGUUCCUUUGUGGCCAUAGAUAACAUUAUAUCCCAGCAGAACUCUGGCUUGAGUGUGAGCUUGGCUAACUUAGAUGGCGCUAUUGGGAACUUUGUGUCUGAGGAGUACUUACAAACUGAUCCAGCAUAUUUAACAUAUUACCGAUCCAAUGUCAACCUGAACCCCAGGCUUCCUAGACAUCUUGCUCACCACAUGAAUAGAUUUGGAAAUAAUUGGGGUUCAAGUUCUGUAAAUGAUGUUGCUAAUAGUUCCUUGCAUUUGUCUCAAGUUUCCCUUUCUACACAUAAGGAAGAGUCUGAGGAUGAUCGCUCGCCCCAACAUUCAGUUGAUGAUCUGGCUGGCAGGACAAAUGGGCUCUGGUCUGGGAAGGAUGCAGCUCAAUUGGCUGGCCAAAACAAAAUUUUGGUGGAUAUAAUGCAGGAAGACUUUCCUCGUACUUCAUCACAUGUAUAUAAUCAGUCUCAUUCUUUGGGCUAUGGAAUGACAGAAGAAGCAGUUGACCAUGAUUCUGAUUCCAGUACCUUGCAAGAUCUCACUGUUAGCUCGUCAAAUGCUGUUAGAUCAGCUAUUGAUGCUGAUAGUACAGUGGUAGCAUCAAAAGCUGAUCUGUCAGCUGCCCAUAUCUCGAGCUCAUCAUCUAGCAAUAAUACAGUAACCCUACCUUUCACAUCACGUAGUAAUGAAGGAACUUUGAAUGAUACAGAUGUUUGGUUAAAGGAUGAAGUGUCAGUCCACAGUGUCAGUAAUGCUGAUGUCACUGUUCUUGCAUCUCAUAUGAAGGAUCUAAAUGUGAGCCUGCAAAAUUCAGGGAAUCAAAAAAUUCAAGAUCAACUCCAAGCAUACCAACAAGAGAGCAGUUCAUCUCAAGUUCAAAGUUCUAAGUCUCAAUUAGGUUCUCAAGGAGUUAUUGGCUCAUACGUUGGCAUGGAUCAGUUUCGUCAUGGCCCUUCUAAAUUUGCAACAGUGGUACAGCCGGUACUUCAGUCAUCUGGGUUCACACCUCCACUGUAUGCUACUGCAGCAGCUUACAUGACUUCAUCAAAUCCAUUUUGCCCUAAUGUUCAAGCCCCGGGUUUUUAUGCUCCUCAAUAUGGUCUAGGUGGUUAUGUUAAUUCCUCUGUUGUCCCUCCAUUUAUUGCUGGAUAUCCUCCCCAUGGUGCUGUUCCUUUUGUUUUAGAUGGUGCUGCUGGUCCCAACUUUAGUACUCAACCUUCUGGGGUUUCAGCUGGAGCAGGCUUUGUUCAUGGAUCUGAUGCACAACAUCUUAACAAGUUUUAUGGACAGGUUGGAUUUCCACUGCAACCAUCUUAUGCUGAUCCCUUUCAUUUGCAAUACUUUCAACAACCUUUUGGGGAGGCAUAUAAUGUUUCUGGUCAAUUUGACCCAUUAGCUUCUAGAAGUGGUGUUUUUGGGAACCAAAAUGUUGCUCACGAUUUGCAGAAAGGGUCUGACUUGGCUGCUUCUGAUGACCAGAAAUUCCAACAUCAGAGAAGUGCAGGAUCGAGCAAUCCAAACUCAGGUAAAGGGGUGAUGAGUCCUCAUUAUUUGGGGAAUCCACCACAUAUAGGCAUUUCAGUGCAGUACCCAUCUUCACCAAUUGCUAGUCCAGUUUUGCCUGGAUCCCCUUUAGUGGGGACUAGAUUUCCUGGUGGGAGAAAUGAAAUGAGACUUCUGGCUGGUUCUGGUAGACAUUCUGGUUGGCAUGGUCAAAGGGGAUAUGAGAAUUUUAAUGAUCCCAAAAUCUAUAAUUUUCUUGAAGAGCUGAAAUCUGGCAAAGGCCGAAGAUUUGAGCUGUCUGAUAUUGCAGGGAAUAUUGUUGAAUUUAGUGCUGACCAACAUGGGAGUCGAUUUAUUCAGCAGAAGUUGGAGAGUUGUAGUGGUGAAGAGAAGUCAGCUGUAUUUAAAGAAGUUCUUCCACAUGCUUCCAAACUGAUGACUGAUGUUUUCGGUAAUUAUGUUAUCCAGAAGUUCUUUGAGUAUGGAAGCCCUCAGCAGCGAAAGGAACUUGCAAAUCAACUUGUAGGGCAGAUUUUGCAUUUAAGUCUACAGAUGUAUGGCUGUCGUGUAAUCCAAAAGGCACUUGAAGUUAUUGAACUUGAACAGAAAGCACAGCUUGUCCGUGAACUGGAUGGACAGAUCAUGAGAUGUGUACGUGAUCAAAAUGGCAAUCAUGUAAUACAAAAAUGCAUUGAGAGUAUCCCAACAGAGAAAAUUGGGUUCAUAAUUUCAGCUUUUCGUGGCCAAGUUGCAACACUUUCUAUGCAUCCCUAUGGUUGCCGUGUUAUACAGAGAAUUUUAGAACAUUGCACAGAUGAGUAUCAAUGCCAGUUUAUAGUGGAGGAGAUUUUGGAUUCUGUUUGUACUCUUGCUCAGGACCAGUAUGGCAAUUAUGUUACCCAGCAUGUAUUAGAGAGGGGAAACUCUCUUGAAAGAAGCAAAAUAAUUGGCAAGUUGUCUGGACAUAUUGUACAACUGAGCCAGCAUAAAUUUGCAUCAAAUGUCAUUGAGAAAUGCUUGGAGUAUGGGGGUACUGCUGAGCGGGCGCUAAUUAUUGAUGAGAUUGUUGGGCAGAAUGAGGGAAAUGAUAAUUUAUUGAUAAUGAUGAAGGACCAGUUUGCAAAUUAUGUUGUCCAGAAGAUUUUUGAAAUAUGUUCGGACAGUCAGCAGGCCAUGUUGCUUAGCCGUAUCAGAGCACAUGCGCAUGCUUUAAAGAAAUAUACUUACGGGAAACACAUUGUUGCUCGGUUUGAAAUGCUACUAGAAGAUAAUCAGUCAUCAGGAUCAUGAUGGCAACACGUACAUAAUCGUCCCAAGCCUCAGUCCAGUGUCGCUCCUGCUGUGGUCUAUGAAAGCAGGUGAGCUAAAACCUGGAAUGACAUGAAACAAUUGUAUCCAAGCAAUACAUUCUGAAGAAGGCUUCCUGUGACAAAAAUACAUGCAAUUUAGUGGUAAAUUAUGUUCCAGGAGUAAAUAUGUAAAUGUUAAAACAGUGUGGUUUAUGUAUCUGAAAGACAAUUAUUGAGCAUAAAGAAUUAUGAAAAUAGGAUGAUUGGUGGGUUAUAAGUGAUAAGAUGUUGAAGGAGAUUAUUUGGAAGAAAACCUGUAAAUUUAUGUAGUGGAAUUGUUUAUUGCAAGGUGUGGUAUUUAUGGAAAUGAAAAAUUGUUGUAGAA